GCGCCCGCGGUCCCGCUCGCGUCGUGAGGGAGAGGCAGCCGCGCAGCCCUGCCAGCAUGGGGCGCCGCGGGGAGAGGGCGUCCUGCUUGCCUCUCCUCCUCCUCUUGCUGCUGCUGCUGCUGCUCGCUUUCUGCACAGGGCGUGUUGUGAGGGUGCCCAGAGGUCCUCUUAUUCGAGUCAUUGGCACGGAGGUGGUGAUCCCUUGCACCGUUAGUGACUAUGAUGGUCCCAGUGAACAGAACUUUGACUGGGAGUUCUCCCAGGACACUGACUUUGUGAGGAUAGUGAGUACCUGGGAUCCUGCAUUCACCUCUGAGGAGUACCAAAACCGUGUGGGCAACGGAGAUAUCAAACUGAGACGCAGCAGCAAUGACGCUGUGGAACUUGUGAUUAGAAACAUCCAGCCAACUGACCAAGGGAGAUACAAAUGCUCUACGCCCAGCACGGAUGCCACUGUUCAGGGAAAUUAUGAUGCAGAGGUCCAAGUGAAAGUGAUUUCUGAUGGCUUAUCAGUGAGUGGUCCGAAAGCACGUUCCUUGAUGUCUCUCAGGCUGUCUGAGGGCGACUCCUUCAAGUUGCGCUGCUCAGCAAUUACCACCUCAUUGGAGCACACUCACCUGCAUGUGACUUGGCAGAUCAAAAGCGGAUCACCUUGGCAGGACAUCCUAUCUUUGACUCAUGAAGGCAAAUUCCAGCCAGGUCCUGGCUAUGAAGAGCGCUACCGUAAUGGAGAUAUCCGCUUGGACACAGGAGCGAAUGACACAUAUUGGUUAUCUGUAUCUCAGGCCUCGUCAGUGGAUGGAGGUGCCUACAGGUGUCUUGUGAGCGAAUGGGUGAGAGGGGCAGAUAGUUCAUGGCAGAAGAUUCAGGAGAAGAGCGUGGAGAUAGCAAGUGUGGCGAUCCAACGGACUGCUCUAGAUGUGGUCAUCUCAACAAGCAAUGUGUCUGUGACUGAAAGAGACCCACUGGAUCUUAUAUGCAACAUUACAACAGACAGAAGUGGUAUUUUCCAAGCAGAGGUGACGUGGUAUUUCUCUGCAUCACCUGAUGAUACCUUGUCAGAUGCUCAGGUUUUGCUGAGCAUGGACCAUGAUUCUGUUGUCAGUGACUCAACUCUCAUCAGCCUGAGCCAUGUGGAUAGGAACUCCUAUCGUCUGUUGGUGCGUGAUGUGGAUGUUGAAGACUCUGGCUACUACUUCUGCCAAGCAGCUGUCUGGGUACCACUGCACAAUGGGAGCUGGCAUAAGGUGGUGGAGAGGACAUCUACACCCGUCAGUGUGGUGGUGACAGCAUUAGAGCCAGACUAUGAGGUGUUUCUGAAUGCCUCUAAAACACCCAAGUUUUCAGAUGACCCCACAGAGCUCAAUUGCAGGAUCACAAAUGCUCAGGACACCGAAGCAAACAUCCGCUUCACAGUUUCCUGGUACUACAGGCAGCGCCUGCGCAGUGAUGAUGUGGUGACAGAGGAACUCCUGGCCACGAUGGAUGCCGACUGGACUCUGCUGCUUGGGGACAGAAGCAGAGAGCGGACUCAGAACGGGGAAAUAAUCUUCUCUAAAAAGUCUGUUGACACCUUCAGUUUACGAAUCCAGUGGACUUCAGAAAGUGACAGAGGGGAUUACUUCUGUGUCAUCUCUGCGUGGAGCAGGCACCGCAACAACAGCUGGGUAAAGAGCAAAGAUGUGACUUCUGCAGCUGUCCGCAUUUUCUGGGCUACACAAGAUUACACCCUUACAGUGGAAGCUGUGAAAUUGAAGCCAUUCUUUGUAGCAGGCCACACCUUUGAGAUGACAUGCAAAGUGUCUUCGAAAAACAUCAAGACGCCACGGUAUUCUGUCCUCAUUACAGCUGAGAAGCCACUAACAGAUCAGUCAAAUCCCAACGGAACCACUCGCAUAAUCUCCUUGAACCAGGAUUCAGUAGUGCGGCUGGAAGACUGGACAGACCAGACUCGUGUGGAUGGUGUGGUGCUGGAGAAAGUCCAGGAGAAUGAGUUCCGCUACAGAAUGUAUCAGACCCAGAUUUCUGAUGCUGGGCUGUAUCGCUGUGUGGUGACUGCCUGGUCUCCAGGUGGGGGUGGCAUGUGGCGUGAAGCAGUGAAUGGAUUAUCCAACCCUAUCCAGAUAGACUUCCAGACGUCAGGUCCUGUGUUUAAUGUCUCGGUGCAUUCUGACAACCCGACAGUUUACCAGGGUGAACUGGCAGAUUUGCUGUGUAUCAUCACAACAGAAGGAAUGGCACUUGAGCCAGAUGAUAUGUCCUUUGAUGUCUCCUGGUUUGCUGUGCGCUCCUUUGCAUUGGACAGAGAGCCUGUCUUGCUGGCCUCACUGGACCGGAAAGGGAUUGUCACGCAGAGCCGGAGAAAUGGGAGCAGUGAUCUUAGCCUGGAGAGAAUCAGCCCUCUGGAAUUCCGGCUCCGUGUGCAUGGCUGUGAGGACCAUGACUUUGGGAACCACUACUGCGUAGUAACCCCAUGGGUGCGAUCUGCCACUGGCAUAUGGCAGCAGGAACCUGACAUCAAAGCCAAACCCAUCUUUCUAUCUGUAAAAAUGGAUGUUCUGAAUGCUUUCAAGUAUCCCCUGUUGAUUGGCAUUGGUCUGGCCACUGUCACUGGCCUCUUAUCCUGCCUCAUUGGCUACUGCAGCUCCCGCUGGUGCUGCAAGAAAGAAGUGCAAGAAACAAGAAGAGAGCGUCGCCGGCUAAUGUCAAUGGAGAUGGACUGAGCGUGGGAGCCAGACACUUGCGUUUUGGGAGAGACUUACGGGGUUCUUGGACUGUGCUGAGACACUCACUCAAGCCCAAACAAGACAGUGCAUUUCCUCUCUGAUUUCAGCGUGGACCUCAAGCUUCUCCUUGUUACACAUCAUAUCCUGAGAGCAUUCAGGCCAUAUUUAGCAACUUGGAGUUCUCCUUUUCUAGCAGCAAUUUCUGCAUAGGGAUCAUGUACUUCUAAUGUGCAAACUGUUGAGCUUUCUUUCAGCAGGCCCUGUGACAAAAUUCACUAAUGAUUUUUUAAUUUUGUUUUUAUUUGGUGUUUGGGGUUUUUUCCCUCCUUUUACCCUUUUGCUUUUCAAUAUAUGUCCCUGUGUGAAGGCAAUAUGGACAGAGUGAUGGGUAGGAAGGGGACUGAUAGAACUGUUAGACUUCUGUUGUAUUAACCAGUCUACUUUUCCCUCUACUUCCAUCACACCAUCCUGUUCCCUUUCUGCAUCCAUCUUGGUAUCUCACAGACUUCUCUGUGUUGGUUUGAAGGCUGAAGAAGGUUUUUUUGCUGGUGCCUCAUGGUACUGUUCCAGCAAAAAAAUGGUUUAUGGUUGUCAGCAUGCCUUCUGUUCCCUGGCUUUCAAAGCACUUGCAGUGAACUCCAUAACUUGCCUGGAGGUUUUUAAGACUCUUUUAAAAGAAACUUUCAAAAAUUUUAUUUCAGUGCUCAAAGCUCUUAGCUGUGGUGAAUAGGAGCUAACUUGGCAACCCUAAAGAGUCAAUCCUCAGAUUAACAUUAGUUGUAAGUCUGCUUAUGGCCACCUUUUUCCCUACCCUUACACCUUUUUUCUCCCCGCUCCAGCUGCUCACAUUGUGCCUGAGACCCUGUUCUGCUUGUGGCAGGGGGGCACGUGGUGUCUAGGGACAAGGCCCAGCCUUCUGUUGGCAUUGGCAGACAGGUGGGAGACCUUGCCCCACUGGUGAUGGUGUGACUUACAAAAAAAAAAAAGAAAUGGUUCUUUUUCUGCAGUUGGUCAACUGAUCAUGUUUAGAGAAGACUUGUAAACUAUGAAUUACCAAAUGCACAGACCUGACUCCAAUGCUGCUUCUGCCAGUCACUCAGUGGCAACCCUUGAACCUUUGAGCAGAGUCUGAGAUCUACAGUACCUGAAACAUGGCUCAGGGUAGGAAUAGGAGCAAGCCCAAGAGGGCAGCAAGAAUCCUUCAGGUUCCAGUCAUCCUGGUCUUGUGCAUGGACCUGGAGCAGGGCUUUCCCCUUGGUUUGAGACCUAUUCCUAGGUGCUAUAGUAUAGAAGUCCUACUUUGGUCUUCCACAUACACUGACCUGGCUCCUGAGUGGGAACAGCUCCUUUUCCAGGCAGUUCUGUCUUCCCAGCACAGCUGGUGUAAUAAGCAAUAAAAGUCAGAAUAAAGAUCCUGUGUAUAAACAAACAAGGAAGGAGAACUGUACUGUGACCUGACGUCACAGCCAGAGCUUGGCUUUCAUCAAGAAGGGUGAGAGAUGUAGCGUUGAGCAAGGGCUCAGUACUUUGCAGUUUUAUUUUUUUUAUGAUAAAAGAUGCUAAAGGAGAGCAUACACAGAAGGUAGUACCCGUGGUGUGCUGUUGCCAAUCUAGACAUUCAUUAUGUAUUUGGUCUUUUUCACUAAUAGCUCAUCCCAUUGCACAUUCCAAAGGAGCUCCAGGUCUAAGUAUCUGUGCUGUGAAGGCUCCAUUUUGCAUUACUGUUUGUGGAACCUUGCACUCAACACUGUUGCUUUACAAAGUCAGGACUUCCUGUGGUAAGCUUUGUGUGUGUGGUUUGGUUUUUUUUUACCUGUCUUGCAUUGUGAGAGGCUGACAUGAGAAUUUUUUCUAGAAGGCUGUUCUGCUUCCCUCAUGCAAACACGCAUGAAGUCACAAAUGUAUACAUACGUAUAUGCUUAGAGGUGUCCAAUGGUGUUUGGAAGCUGAAUGUGAGACAUCUUCAAAAUGGACUUGAUUUGAAGAGUUGGGGCUUGCAACUUGUUAUUUGAACUUUCUAACACAUUUCAUGUAGUGUUGCAAAACUGGGACAACAAAAGCCUAUGAACACUGGAACACUUUGGCAUGAACGUUCAUAGCAACUUUUCUUUCUGGCCUGAUGUUUUCCUUUCUGUAAGAGCUCUGAAAAGGCCUGUGUUGCAAGCAAAUGUAGCUGCCUCAGUUGAGGAACAGAGCAGAAGCAGUCUCCAGUUGCUGCUUUGAAAGCCCAGAAACCUGUAGCAAUGCUUUCCAAAGGAAAGGAGUUGAGGAAAGGAUUCACUCUAUUUUUUUGACAGCAAGAGUUUUUCUUUCCUAUCUGUCUGCUGCAGUGAAAUCUUGCUUUUUCCUUGGAUGUUAUGAAGCACCAUUCUGAUGUUUGGGAUGCUGGUGGUCCUUCCCACACUGAUCUAGCAGCUUCUUUCCUGUUUAAUACUUGCUUUCUUCACAGAAGGCGUCGGGGUGUCUUGGGCAAGGUGUGUAGUGGUGGUGAGGUUUGAAGCACAGCAUCAGUCACUUUAUGUCCUUGCAGACUGACUCCUUGUUUAUGUGCUCUUGGUUAAGUUUUAGGGAGAGAGGAUCAUGACUGUAAUGCAAUAAUUAGGGAAUGAACGAGCAGGGAACUGCCAGCUCUUCCCAAGCACACAACAUAGCACACUUUCUCCCUGCUGGAAAAAUCUCAGGGUUAUUUUGGUCAGACCUCCCUGCUCUAAUGAAAGGUCCCCAUGUCCUUAGCUAAUGUUGACCUUCCUUCGUGGCCCAUAACAAACCGUCAUUGCUGUUCCAAGUGAAGCAAGUUUGCUGCUAGCCUGUACUGCUGCCAGCCCCUGGGAAGGCAGUGUUGCAUCCCCUUCCACCUUUGCUGUAGUUGGAAGGUUGGAACCUGAGGGUCUAGACUACCCCUUCCCCCAGGUUUCCUUCUACUUGUGCCAAUUUUGUAUUAUCCUCUUUUUUAAAACAGAGUGGGAAUCUUAUCUCUAAUUAAAAAAAAAACAAAAAACAACCAAAACAAAACAACCUAGGUCAGUUUUCAUGUUGGUUUUUUUAUUAUUAUUAUUUCUUGUGUGACCGGGGUUUGUGUGAGUGGAGGUGUGUGUGCAUCUGGUUGUGUAUUAAACCUGUAGGGUAUCAGGAGAGUAAGUGGACUGACAUGCAGUGCAAGCAUCCAUAUCCUCCUUGCUGCAACCUGUGGUAUUGUCAAAAUAUCCUAAGGGCUCACGUUGAUCUUCCUCUGUUCGUAUUGCCACAUCUCCUGGUUAAGCUGGUAAACUCCUCCAGGCACCUGGAAAUUCAAUCCAGGACAAGCCUGAACAUCAAAUAGCAGAAGGGCAAGAGAUUUUGUUUCUUUUGUUUUAAUUUCAAAGUUAUAAAGUGUUUGGCACAGUUCUGGAAUGCAGGUACCGAAUAGUUCUAACAAUGCUGUGUAAAAUGUUUCUUUCUAUGUUUAAAAUAAAGAGCGAGCCUUUUUGAUUA